UAUCCCUACCGAACCUCGACAGAAAGAUAGUUCUUUUUGAAGGCAUGAACCAGAGAAAGAAGCAGAGACAAAGAAAUGAAUGAGGAUCGCAAACCCAUUGUUGAACAAACUUCAACCGCCGCCAACUACCUUUACCUCCAAAACCCAGGAAUCUCUCCGAACUCUACACCCAUCCAAUACCAAUCUCAACUAUGGUGCGUAUGGUCACCUCAUCCAACAUUUCACCGACCACAGCCACCCUCGCCAAGCCAAGCAACUCCACGCGCGUAUCGUUUUCUCUUCAGUCACCCCCGACAACUUCCUCGCUUCGAAACUCAUAUCUUUUUACUCUAAAAUCAACCAUCUUCCCCAAGCUCACCACUUGUUCGACAAAAUUGCCAACAAGAAUACUUUCUCUUUUAACGCCUUGCUUAUCGCUUAUUCCCAACAUAACAUGUUUGCUGACACCUUAAGGUUGUUCUCGAGUGUUGAUAACGUUAUUAGGCCCGAUAAUUAUACCGUUACGUGCUUAUUAAAGGCGUUGUCGGGUUCAUUCUGUGAUAAAAGGUUGGCUAAGGAGGUUCAUUGCUUUGUUUUGCGAGGUGGGUUCAAUGAGGAUAUUUUUGUUUCCAACGGGUUGAUAACGUACUAUUCGAAAUGCGAGGAAUUUGGCUUGGCGAGGAUAGUCUUUGAUAAAAUGGGUGAAAGAGAUAUUGUGUCGUGGAAUUCAAUGAUUUCUGGGUACUCUCAUGGAGGGUUUUAUGAGGAAUGUAAGGCAUUGUAUAGAGAAAUGGUGGAUAGUUUAGAAUGUAGGCCUAAUGGGGUGACUGUACUUAGUGUUUUGCAAGCGUGUGGACAGUCGAAUGAUCUAAUUUUAGGAAUGGAAGUUCAUCAGUUUAUAGUUGAGAAUCGGAUCGAGAUGGAUGUUUCAGUUUGUAAUGCUUUGAUUGGAUUAUAUGCGAAAUGCGGGAGCUUGGAUUAUGCUAGAGAGUUAUUUGAGGGUAUGAGUGAUAAAGAUGAAGUUACUUAUGGUGCGCUUAUUUAUGGUUAUAUGUUUCACGGGUUCAGUGACAAAGCUAUGGAGCUUUUCUGUGAAUUGAAACUCCCAGGAUUGAGUACAUGGAAUUCUGUAAUUUCAGGUUUGUUUCAGAACAAACAGUAUGAUAGGAUUUUGGAUUUAGUUCGGGAAAUGCAAUCGUGUGGUUUUAGACCCAAUACUGUGACACUUUCAAGCAUUCUUCCUACCUUUUCAUAUUUUUCAAAUCUGAAAGGAGGGAAAGAGAUACAUGCUUAUGCUGUUAGAAACAACUAUGAUCGUAGCAUCUAUGUUGCGACUGCCCUUAUUGAUACUUAUGCAAAGUUAGGAUUUCUUUGUGGGGCACAACGUGUUUUUGAUCAAUCAAAAUGUAGGAGUUUGAUCAUUUGGACAGCAAUAAUUGCGACAUAUUCUGCUCAUGGAGAUGUUAAUGCAGCUCUAGGUUAUUUUCACGAGAUGCUUAAUAAUGGAAUUCAGCCAGAUCCCGUUACAUUCACUGCAGUGCUGUCUGCUUGUGCUCAUUCUGGAAUGGUAGAUGAAGCGCAGAAGAUCUUUGAUGCCAUGCUUGAAGAAUAUGGCAUUUCACCAUCAGUCGAGCAUUAUGCUUGUAUGGUAGGGGUUCUAAGCCGAGCAGGGAGGCUCUCUGAAGCAAAAGAAUUUAUUUCUAAAAUGCCGAUUGAACCUAGUGCUAAGGUUUGGGGUGCUUUGCUAAAUGGGGCUUCGGUUUGUGCUGAUGCUGAACUUGGGAAGUUUAUUUGUGAUCGUUUGUUUGAGAUGGAGCCUGAGAACACUGGAAAUUAUAUCAUUAUGGCAAAUUUAUUUUCAAAAGCUGGCAGAUGGAAAGAAGCUGAUAUGAUCAGGGAAAAGAUGAGGAAUGCUGGGUUAAAGAAAAUCCCAGGCGCUAGUUGGAUUGAAACUAGUGGGGGAUUACAAAGCUUUAUUGCAAAGGAUAGAUCAAGUGAAAGAACUGAAGAGAUAUAUGUUUUGUUAGAAGGGUUGCUUGGUUUGAUGAAGGAAGAAGGGUAUACUUUGCAUGAUGAGUAUGAUGAGGAGAAUGUUUAUGUUUGAAAAUUAAAUUUUCUCAUUAGCAUAACCAUUGGCAAUGAAGAUUACACACUCAAGGACUAUAAUUCACCCUUGAGGCUUUUAUGGCGCACAAAAUCCACCCUUUAGAGAUGCCCUGCUAACAGGGAAGGGCAACCUAAGAUUAUAAUUGUCAGGAAGGGCUCUGUUCUGUUCUAUCAUAUGAAGUAAUUAGCUCAACAAUGUAACAAUUUUGUUUCUAAUUUUGUCAACAUUAACCAUUUAAAGCCA